AUGGCGCCAAAGCAGACCAAGUUCAAGGUGGCUGCAGCCCACGCAGCGCCAGUAUUCAUGAACAAGAUUGCUACAAUCAGAAAGACAAUUGCCCUAAUUGAACAAGCUGCAGAAGAAGAUAUCAAGCUGCUUGUCUUUCCUGAAACGUUUAUUCCCGGCUACCCUUACUGGGCCGAAUGCUACGCUCCUCUGAAGCAGGUUGGCGCCUUAGCUCAGUACGCUGAAGAGAGUGUGGUAGUAGAACCCAACGGGGAGGAUGUUGGUGCUAUUCAGGAUGCGUGCCGCCGUACUGGUGUCGCUAUCAAUCUCGGCGUCUCUGAACGCGUUGCAAACGGACAUACUAUUUUCAACUCGCAAGUCGUGAUCGAUAAUGACGGAACCAUUUUGGGCGUCCAUCGCAAGCUCCAGCCAACUUAUGUGGAGCGAUAUAUCUGGGCUCAAGGCAACGGCAGUUCUUUGCGCAACUGGCCCCUGUCGCUAGGUUAUAACCUCGGUGGCCUUGCUUGCUGGGAGCACACCAUGAAUGGCGCUCGCCAGGCGCUGAUCAUGCAGAACCAGCACAUUCAUGCGGGUGCAUGGCCGGCUCUCUCGACAAUGGCCGGCUUCGAACAGGUGGCUGACGCUCAAAUCGAAGCCUUGAUGAAGACCCAUGCCCUGACUGCGCAAGUCUUCGUUAUCACCGCUUCAAACUACGUAGACGACACGUGUUUGAAGUGGAUGGAAGAGAACCUAGGACCGCAGGAUCUUGUCACGGCUGGAGGAGGCUGGUCUUCAAUCAUAGCCCCUUUCUGUAACUUCGUUGCAGGUCCUCAUGUAGGCAGCGAGGAGAAGUUGGUGCAAGGAGAGCUCGACUUUGCGCAACUCGGUGCUGUCAAGGUCUGGAUCGAUGCUGCUGGACAUUAUCAGCGACCCGAGAUUCUUCAGUUUGGCUUUGACGCUCGACCCCACUGGGCUGAUGAGAAGCUCGACCGCUUCAAGAUUCGCCCUGAAGAGAAGAAGGCGAAGGAAGAGUCGAAAGAUCAGACGCAGUGA